CACACACACACACACACACAAACAGAAGCAUACACCACAGAUGGCUCUGGGAUGGCUGGGGAGAGAGGUGAGUAUGGCCUAGACAUGCACACACACUCUAACACACAGUGAACAGCAGCCUGCUGAGAGCCUGGCACACCGUCACCCGGCCACCGACACCACUGACCACUGGGCAACAAUAACACACGGAGCCCUGGGCAGGACCACCCACUGCCCACCACCACCCCCUCUCAGGCUGCUAACACUGGGCACAAUGUGUGCUACAGAUGGCCUCAAAAUGACACAAGACUAAAGGAGUACAAAUGAGAAAAUAUGUGUGAGGACAGCAGUCUUGAUAGGACUGUCAAGAAAAUGAAUGUGUAUCUGAAUGAGCACUUGGGAGCCAGAUCAGAGAGUGCAAGGAAAAUCAGAGGCACACCAGAUACUUUCUCCCUGUCUCCAGCUAUGUUUUGAUCUCUGUUUAUCUCUCUCUUUUUUAGUCAGUCUGUCUCACUCUCGCUAUUCUCUAUUUUCAAGCUUUCUGUUGGUUACUCCAUCUUUGUCACUUAGAUCACGCACACGCGCUAACACACACACACACACACACACACACACACACACACACACACACACACACACACACACACACACACACAAAGAGCUGUCACUGCAGUCGCAUGUUUAAAUCUGGUCUUUCCUGUCAGCCAUCUGGGGUUGGACCAGCUGCCCUGAGUGGGUCCUAACAUGCUGGAGACACUGAGCCCGUGGGACCAAGGAUAGACGCAGCAAAAGAGUUUUAGAAGGAAAACCAAAAGAGGCUUGGUCAAACAAUAUAUAAACAGUCUUGCAUUGAUGUUUACUUAGCUUUCUUUUUUUUGUUGUGGAAAUGAAAAUGUGUUAUUGGGACUCAGAAAGGAUAUACUCAGUUUAAUCAUAUUUGAUGGAGGAUUAGGCCAGUGCUUGGGAGUGCUUCCAAAUCUUGGGAAAAAAAUAAUAAAUGAAAUUGCAGUAUAUUGCGACUAAAACUGAAAUGUGAAACCCACCUGUCCUGGAGGAAGAACCUCAGCUCUCCAGUCCACAGACUGUUGCCAUGCAGGAGGGUGGAGCCAGAGGGGAAGAGGACUAUCCUGAUAACGAGCUGGAGAAUGACUGCAGUGGUGAUGAAGGGUCUGACUGUUCCUCUCUGAAUGAUGCCUGGUCCACAGCCUCCAUGCCCGUCCUGCCAAACAUAGCGGAUGAGGGGGAGCUGAUGAGCUCUGAAUCGGAGGAUGAGGGGGAGCUGAAGCCAGCGCUCGUCCCCAGCAUGUUCCCCUUCCUCCCCCCAACGCUGUACUUCAGCACUGCCAACCAGAGAGUGGAGCCCCUGCCACCGGAGCAGAGGAAGCUGCUCAAAUGGAAGAUGAGCACUGUGACUCCCGCCGUGGUCAAACACACCAUCGUCAGGUCACACUUCAAAGUCACCAAGAAAAGUCAUGAUUGGCUUGGCUGCUGGGGUCACCAUAUGAAGUCCCCUGGGUUCAAGGCCAUCAGGGAAUACCAGAAGUUGAACCACUUCCCCGGCUCGUUCCAGAUCGGUCGUAAGGACCGUCUGUGGAGGAACCUGUCUAAGAUGCAGGCUCAGUUUGGUAAGAGGGAGUUCAGCUUCUUCCCCCGCUCCUUCGUUCUUCCUCAGGACAUCAAGCUGCUGAGGAAGGCCUGGGAGGACAGUGGUAGCAGGCAGAAAUGGAUCAUCAAGCCGCCUGCGUCUGCUCGGGGGAUUGGAAUCCAGGUUAUUCACAAGUGGAGUCAGAUGCCAUGCAAGAGACCACUACUGGUGCAGAAGACGUGUAGUGUGAUCUUCAGAGCCCCCUCUCUGGCACUGCUCUCCUGCUUCUCAUCUGGUUGA